AUGGCUGCCAGUAAAUACUACCACGUACAAUGUACACCAACUGUCUACCCAGCUGAUCCCUUCAACGCAGAAGAAGAUGCCGCAUUAUUGCGAACUGCCAUGAAAGGGUUUGGUACCGACGAGCAGGCGAUUAUUGAUGUCCUUGCGCACCGCGGGAUAGUCCAACGCCUUGAAAUUGCUGACAAAUUUAAGACCAUGUACGGCAAAGAUUUAAUUUCUGAAUUAAAGUCUGAACUCGGUGGAAAUUUUGAGAAUGCUAUUUUGGCUCUAAUGACCCCAUUGCCGAAUUAUUACGCCAAGGAACUUCAUGACGCCAUCUCCGGGAUGGGAACUGACGAGGGUGCUAUUAUUGAAGUUCUUGCUUCUUUGAGCAAUUAUGUUUAUGACACAGAAUUAGAAGAUGCUCUAAAAGGCGAUACUUCCGGACAUUUUAAACGCCUAUUAGUUUCUCUCACUUGUGCAGCAAGAAAUGAAGAUCCGGACAUAGAUGAAGCUUCAGCAAUAGAAGAGGCCCAGAAAUUAUUUGAAGCCGGUGAAGGCCAAUGGGGAACGGACGAGAGUACCUUCAACGCAGUUUUGAUCACUAAAAGUUUUCCACAAUUGAGAAAGAUCUUCCACGAGUAUGAAAAAAUUUCCGGUAGCAGUAUUGAAGACGCAAUUCGUCGCGAAUUCUCCGGGUCUUUAGAAGAUGGCUACCUUGCAGUUGUAAAAUGCGCGAGAGAUAAAACUGCUUACUUUGCUGAGAGACUCCACAACGCUAUUGCUGGAGCGGGAACUGAUGACUCUACUCUUAUUCGUGUUAUUGUUACACGUUCUGAAAUAGAUCUUGGGGAUAUUAAGGAUGCUUACCAACAAAUUUAUGGAUCAUCACUUGCUGGAGAUAUUGAUGGCGACACUUCUGGAGAUUACAAGAGACUUUUGCUUGCUUUGAUUGGCGCUUAG